CUCGCACGCUCGUGAAAGCUUUCAGCAAGCAGCGUCGUCAGGCCGCCAUAUUGGUUUGCAGCAAAUUUCGUUCGUUUUUAAGUCAACUUUUGUGCGAGUUCUCGAAACAAAGCACAGUUUUGAUUUGGUGAAGUGCAGCCGGAACUGAAAAAAGCAGUUAAAAAGGACGCGCAGCGAGCACAGUGUAUGUGACUGAUGUAAUUGAAGUAUCCGGUACCGCCUACACACAGUACAAAUGAGCAAGAUGACGCGAUACGCGGAGGCAAAGUCGGUGAAGGUAGACAACUGGGGUGUGUUCUUCCUGCAGAAGCUGCAAAACUUUUUCAACAAAACCGAUCACUGCGAUCUGACGCUACAGUUUAACGAUAACUCGCAGCUGAAGGUGCACCGGCUGGUGCUGUCCGCCUGCACGGACUACUUUAACCAUCUGGAAAAUGUGUGCGAAAUGUACGACGACGUGCUGAUCAUGCCGAUGGAUCUGCAGGCCGACGUGAUAGUGCCGAUCGUGAACUUUAUGUACACGGGCACGCUCGAAUUCCAGUACAACAUGUACGAUCGGCUGUUGAAAACGGCCACCGACAUGAACAUGACCGUGCUGCUAAAGCUGCUCGAGGCCCACCGCCAAACGUCGUCCCGCAUUGUGAAGCAACCGGUGCUAUUGAACAAACAAGCACCACGUCCCCGUGGUGCUCCGGUGUAUCAGGGUGCAGGGGCGCGUGUUAUGCCCGCCCAGAGAGGACCGAAUGUUGGAGGACCUAGACCGCGGUUACCGGUGGCACGCCAGCCGGUACAUAUGUACGCUCACAAGGGGGCGGGCCACAGCACCAAGGACGUUAAGCCGGGUCCUUCGCGAUUCGAUGACGGAGAAAUGGGUGAAGGAUUCGAAGGAUCGUUCGAUGGAAUUACGUAUGAAACCAAGCCACUGCUGACGGCCGAACAGGUGAAAAAGGAAGAAGAAACGUCUCCGUUCGAAAAGCUGCGCAAAGGUUACACCAACGCGAACGUUGUAAAGCGAUCGUCCAGCGGUUCACUUACGUCACCCCCGGCCAAGAAGCCCAAUCUGGAUGAAGUGAAAGAAUUCACCGAAGCGGCUCGGAUGCGCAGCCAGCUGACGACGCAUGAUGACGAUUCGCCCGACUACGUCGAUGACGAUACACACUUUAAUGACGAUGACGAUGAGGAUUAUCAGCCACCGGCAUCGGUAAAAGCCGCACUGGCAAAGUCCGCAAGUCUUCAUGCGGCUUCGGCCAAACACGGUGGUACCAUCAAGCAGGAAGCAAAAUCACCCGGAUCGGGUGGAAAUUCGACCGCAAUGAAACAGAUCACCGUAAAGGACGAUUCUGGCAGCGUAGAUCAUGCCAAGAUCAUCUCGGAGGUGCUGAAAAAAUAUCCUCAUCUGGUGAAAAAGAACAAAAACAUUAAGCUAAAGAUCAUGCAGAAACCUUCACCGAACAAUGCCAACACAACUGCAGCCAGCACAUCGUCGUCGUCGUCCUCCAGUGUAGCGGCAUCGAAGAUGGAAGUACGUACCGCAACGCCUUUAAAGCAGGAUCUAUCGAUGGUGCGCCGUGCGACGGCUAACAUACGCAGCGAAACAACAAAACCGCCCCAGCCCACGACGUCUACCGGCACCAAACCAGCUACCAAAACGAUCGACGCAAAAACGAUGCACGCACUGAUUGCGAAGGGUGCGGAAAACACUACCGGUCCCUGGUUGUGCCUUCGGUGCGGUAUUAAUGGCCGUCCGAUCAGCAUUCCAAGCUACAAGGCAUUCUACAACCAUUUAGUACACAAGCACAAGGAACGCAUCGAUGUGCGCAUCUGUGAGCACUGUGGGUUUAAGGCACAGCAGCGCAAUCCACAUCUGAUCUACCAUUGGUUCACGGAGCAUAACGUGAAGCCCACCAUCAAGUUCCCGCGGUGUGACGAAUGCGAUCACGUGGCAAUGACGGUGGACGAUUUGCAGAAGCACGAAGAGGAAGUGCAUUCCCGGGGCGAUCUUCAACAGUGCAUCUACUGUAACAAGGUGUUUGCGAAGGAGAUGGAACUGUAUGAUCACAUGAAGGACCAGCACAAGGAGCGUGCCAUCGCGGACGGUGUGCUGGAGUUUACCGACGAUGAGGACUACCAAUCGCAGGAGGAGGAACUGGUGUCUCCACAGACAAAAACGUACUCCUCGGCGGGGGCUAGUGGAGGGGACGGGAAAAUUAAAAUUCUGUCCAACAUCACGCUCCCACCGGCGAAGGCAACGGGUGCGGUUGGUUCGGUACGUCAAAUCACACUCGAACCAUCGUCCGAAGCGGAAGCGCUUAGCAAUGUGGCGUCCGGUAUUGCCACCAGUCUGACACUUGUCGGUGACAAUGGGGUCGUGAUCGAUGAUCCCAACUAUCAGAGUCAGUUCAUCGAGGCGGAGCUUGCCAGUGUGCAUGGCGAGAAUGCGAGCACGGAACAGACCAUGCCGAAGCUGGUGACAGCCGACGGAACGGAACUGCAGCUGACACAGUCACAGAAAGAUGAAAUCAUUUCCCAGCUACAAAGCACAGGCACAGGCAGUGGUAAGUUUGAGGGUUAGGGGGUACUUUGGGAGGAUUUCGUCUAAUCGCUUUUUUCUUUUUUGGUAUCGACAGGUAACGAUGUGGUAAUGGUGUUAAAUGAGGACAAUUUUUCCGUUGGCUCAACGAUACAGCUCGACGAAGGGGUGCAGAUUGUGGACACGUCCUCGCAAAACAUAAUGGUAAUGUACAGCCAGCCGGACGGAUUGGAACAUAACGAUAGUCAAAAGUCCGAUUCAAAGGUGGCCGAUGUGACGACAGCUUCGGAAGAUGACAAUUCACAAGCAUCCGUUUCGCUGUCCGACGGUAAGGCAGCAUCAUCGAGCGCCGACAAGCAACCUUCCCUCGAAGGUGGUGAUGAAAGUCAGGAAUCGCGCCGUACGGAUGCAUCCGACAAACCGGAAGACGAAGGUAACACCACCAUGGACGAUGAUGUGGACAUGUCCGGGGGAGAUGUAACGUCGGAAACGAACGAAACGUUACAACAAGCCGUUAAGGACGAGCUGAUGGAUUUGGAGGACGAACUGCGAGCCCCCGACACGUCGGCCGACGGUACGAAGGAGGAUGAUCUGAAUGAUUCGGAAGAUCGGCAGCAGUCGGACAAGUUAAAGUUGAUAUCCGAGCUGGAAGGCGAUUGGUCGGAGGAUACAGCGGAAGAACAACCGGGUACACCGGCAGCGGAGGUUUCGGAAAAGCCGGCCACAAAAAAGGCACCAGCAGCAUCGGCUACGAUCGAUAAGAAAACAACCGCUUCAACUCCUGCGCCUACUAAAGCUGCUCCAAAGCCGGAUGGAGAGAAAAAACCCUCAACGGAAGUGACUUCGUUAGGGAAAAAGAGACCCAUGAGUGAAGCUCUUGCUGCUCCACCAUCGAAGGAGCGAAAAAAAUCCGGCGAGGAAAAGCUGUCCGAAAAGGAAAUCGAUAAACUGCUCGACGAUUGGAACUCCGAAGCGAAGCUGGAUGAGCUUGCGGAGGAAGCAGAUUUGGAGAAGGAAAUAGCAAAGGUGGUAAUCGGCACUGCGAAGGGUGGUGCGACCGGUGAAAAUGAAAGUAAAAAGACGAAAGAAAUUAAAAAGGAAAACGCUGCGUUAAAGGACGAACCGGAUACAGCGGAAGAUGGUGACAAGCCAACGGAGGAGGAAGAGGAAGAAGCGGUUAAACCUGCUGCUGCGGAAGGAAAGGAAAGCGUUACGGCGAAGGGUAAGAAAAAUGGUACGACUUCUGCUGAGACCAGCCGAAGCAAAGCAGAAGAUCCCAGUGAACUGGAAGAGGAGGAACAGGAGGAGGAGGAUGAUGGUGACGAAGAGGAUAAGGAUAAGUCGAACGCCAAGUCGAAGGAAGUUAGUUCAUUGCUAGGUGAAUGGGAUGAGGAUGAUGAUCUGUGA